AUGAUCUCUUUCCUUGAGAGAAAGGCACCAAAUGGCCCUGGUACUUGUAGCCGUGUCCAAGAAAAGUGCCAAAUGGCCCUGGCACUUGUAGCCGUGUCCAAGAAAAGUGCCAAAUGGCCCUGGCACUUGUACCCAUGUCCAAGAAAGGCACCAAAUGGCCGUGGCACUUGUAGCCGUGUCCAAGAAAAGUGCCAAAUGGCCCUGGCACUUGUACCCGUGUCCAGGAAAAGCACCAAACUAAGGUUCAUUUUUUUGGACAACACAAACGACGCCAACUUAGACAACACAAACAACAUAGACAACACCAACACAAACACCGCCAACAUAGACAACACAAACGACGCCAACUUAGACAACACAAACAACAUAGACAACACAAACGACGCCAACUUAGACAACACAAACAACAUAGACAACACCAACACAAACACCGCCAACAUAGACAACAUAAACGACGCCAACUUAGACAACACAAACAACAUAGACAACACAAACGACGCCAACUUAGACAACACAAACAACAUAGACAACACAAACGACGCCAACUUAGACAACACAAACAACAUGGACAACAACAACACCAACACAAACACCGCCAACAUAGACAACACCAACACAAACACCGCCAACAUAGACAACACAAACGACGCCAACUUAGACAACACAAACAACAUAGACAACACAAACAAAAUAGACAACACCAACAAAAUUAUAACCAACGACAACAUAAACAACACCAACAUACAAAUCAACAUUACCAACGGCAACAUAGACAACACAAACGACGCCAACUUAGACAACACUAACACAAACAACAUAGACAACAGCAACAUAAACACCGCGAACAUAGACAACACCAACACAAACACCGCCAACAUAGACAACACCAACACAAACAACGCCAACAUAAACAACACCAGCAUAACCAUCAUAACCAACGCUAAGACAAACAACACCAACAUGACUACCGCCACCAUCAACAUAAACAACAACGAAAACUUAAAACCGGAGACUCUCUUACGUCAUGCGGAUGGCGACGAGGCUCAUCAACAUCGGUGCAAUUGCAAUUAA